GGCGUGUUUGCGAGGGUGGACAUCCCACAGGACGCGGUGGUUACCGAGUUCCGCGGCGAGGUGGUUCGCCCCGUGCUGGCGGACCUGCGCGAGCGGCGCUACCGGGCGCAGGGUCGCGACUGCUUCCUGUUCCACGUCAGCAGGCAGGUGGUGCUCGACUCCACGCACCUGGGGCACUACGGCCGCUUCACAAACCACUCCUGCGCGCCGUCGUUGUAUACCAAGGUGUUGGAGUUCGAGGGCGGGCGGGUGCGGCUGGUGUUCUGCGCGCGCACCGACAUCCGCGCCGGCCAGGAGCUCACCUUCGACUACCGCUUUCGCGAGGAGGAGGGCGCGGACAAGGUGCCGUGCAGGUGCGGUGCGCCGCAGUGCAAGGGAACACUCAACUGAGGGGGGGCAAAAUUAUGAUAUGUGCAG